GGGUCCACCUUAGCCCUCCCCUGCUGUCCUCCUGGACUUCUUGGAUCUUUGCUUCCCCGACGCCUCCAGCGGACGUCCUCCGCAGGCUCCCCGGGGACUGACUUGGAGGGGGGUCCCCCGUGCCUCGGCAUCCCUUUCUCGUCUCCCCCUGCUCUCGCGGCGGGCAGGAAGGAUGAUGGUUCCCGAGGUGAGGACCCUCUCGUCCUUGCUGGGACUCGCUCUGCUCUGGUUCCCGUUGGACUCGGACGCUGGAGCCGGCCCAGGCAUGUUCUGCCUUUUCAAUGGAAAGAGGUACUCCCCCGGCGAGAGCUGGCACCCCUACUUGGAGCCACAAGGCCUGAUGUACUGCCUGCGCUGUACCUGCUCUGAGACUGCCCACGUGAACUGUUACCGCCUCCGCUGCCCACCCAUCCACUGCCCGCAUCCCGUGACGGAGCCGCAGCAAUGCUGCCCCAGGUGUGUGGAGCCACAUACCCCCUCUGGACUCCAGGCUCCCCCAAAGUCCUGCCAGCACAACGGAACCACAUACCAACACGGGGAGAUCUUCGGUGCCCGGGAGCUGUUCCCCUCCCGCCUGCCCAAUCAGUGUGUCCUCUGCAGCUGUACAGAGGGCCAGAUCUACUGCGGCCUCAUGACCUGCCCUGAGCCCGGCUGCCCUGCCCCAUUCCCGCUGCCCGACUCUUGCUGCCAGACCUGCAAAGACGGAGCAAGUGAGAGGUCAGAGGAAGAGGACCCUGCACAGUCACAGCGUGGGAGACAUCCCCAGGAGCCAUGUCCGGGGGACGGAAGGAGAAGAGGUCCAGGCACUCCACCCCCCACUGGCCUCAGCUCUCCUCUGGGCUUCAUCCCUCACCACUUCCGACCCAAGGGGGCAGGCAGCACAACUGUCAAGAUUGUCCUCAAGGAGAAACCUAAGAAAGCCUGCGUGCACAGUGGGAGGACGUACUCCCACGGGGACGUGUGGCACCCGGCCCUCCGCUCCUUUGGCCCCCUGCCCUGCAUCCUUUGCACAUGUCAGGAUGGCCGCCUGGACUGCCAGCGCAUGAUCUGCCCCAGCGAGUACCCCUGCCAACACCCCGAGAAAGUGGAAGGGAAAUGCUGCAAGAUCUGUCCAGAGGACAGAGCAGACCCUGACCACAGUGAGAUUCGUUCUACCAGAUGUCCCAAGGUGCCGGCCCAGGUCUUUGUUCACACAGCAGUGUCCCCAAGCCCAGACAGCCUGCACCGCUUUGCCCUUGAGCACGAAGCCUCCGACCAGGUGGAGAUCUACCUCUGGAAGCUGGUGAAAGGAAUCUUCCACUUGAUUCAGAUCAAGAGAGUCCAGAAGCAAGACUUCCAGAAAGAGGCACAGAACUUCCGGCUGCUCACUGGCACCCACGAAGGUCACUGGAAUGUCUUCCUAGCCCAGACUUCGGAGCUGAAAGUCACAGCCAGUCCAGACAAAGUGACAAAGACCUUAUAACGAGAACCUAAACAGUUGCAGAUA